CAACAACACAAAUACCAGCGUAUACUUUUUCUAAAGUACAGCGUCGCAUGAGCAGGAGUAUACCAGCUUUAUUAGAACUUAAAAUACAUAUAUAUAUAUAUUUUCUGUUUAUAUACAAAGAUUUAUAAUAAACCACAAACAAAGAAACGAGGGUAUGUUUUUGACAGGUCAUUGUAAAACUGUGGAGGUUUCAUUCAUGUUUUUUCUUGCCGUUACUUUAUUUCUUCCUGUUCAAACAGGUUUCAUGACUUGUGAUCCUCGGCAUUAUCAGUGUGGCAAUGGAAAGUGUAUCACAUCCAGAUGGAUCUGUGAUGAAUCUGAUGACUGUGGUGAUGGCACUGACGAACUUCCUGCUGCCUGCUUGGCCAAAACCUGCAGACCCUCUGAAUUCAGCUGUGGUGGGCGACUCAACCAGUGCGUGCCCAAGAGCUGGAAGUGUGAUGGCAAGGCAGAUUGUGAGAAUGGAGCAGAUGAGGAUGGCUGUGCUCCUCGGCACUGUUUGAAUGGUGAAUUCCGGUGCGGCAGUGGCCAGUGUGUGUCGAAAGCAUUUGUGUGUGAUGCAGAGGCAGACUGUGAUGACGGCAGUGAUGAAGUCUCCUGUCCACCAACCACCUGUAGCUCUAACUCCUUUAGGUGCAACAACUCACAGUGUGUGCCUCGACUGUGGGUCUGUGACAGAGACAUAGACUGUGACGACGGCUCAGAUGAAUGGGAACAGAAAUGUGGUCCAAGGGUGUCUACGGCUCUCAGAAAUCCCUGCUCAUCUAUGGAGUUCCAAUGUGGCAGUGGGGAAUGCAUACACAGUAGCUGGAAAUGUGAUGGGGCAGCAGAUUGUUUUGAUCGCUCGGAUGAGAAAAACUGCUCCUUGCCUACAUGCCGACCGGAUGAGUUCCAGUGUGGUGACGGAUCUUGUAUCCAUGGCAGCCGGCAGUGCAACCAUGUAUACGACUGCAAAGAUUUAAGUGAUGAGCUGGGCUGUGUUAAUGCAACACAUUGUGAAGCACCAAACAGGUUUAUGUGUCACACCGGUGAAUGUAUCAGCAUAGAAAAGGUUUGCGACAAGCAGCGUGACUGUAGGGAUUGGUCCGACGAGCCGUUACGAGAGUGUGAUUCGAAUGAGUGUCUGUACAACAAUGGAGGUUGCUCUCAUAUCUGUAAUGACUUGAAGAUCGGUUAUGAGUGCUUGUGUCCCACCGGCUUCCGUUUGGUGAACAAGAGACACUGUGAAGACAUUGAUGAGUGCGCAAACCCAGACACCUGCAGCCAAAUUUGUGUCAACCAGGUGGGCAGUUACAAGUGUGAGUGUGAGGAAGGCUACCAGAUGGAUCCUGCAAGCAAGGCCUGCAAAGCUAUUGGAACCAUUGCAUACCUAUUUUUCACCAAUCGUCAUGAGGUGAGAAAGAUGACCCUGGAUCGUAGUGAAUACGCUCAAGUAAUUCCCCGCCUAAAGAACGUUGUAGCAUUGGACAUGAAUAUUGCGACCAAAGAAAUCUACUGGUCAGAUCUUUCCCUCAAGAAGAUAUACAGAGCACCAAUGGAUACUGCAGAUGACUCCUCCCAACACAGUGUUGUGAUUAGCAGUGGCUUAAAAGCACCUGAAGGUAUCGCUGUUGACUGGAUCCACGGAAACAUCUACUGGACGGAUAGCAUUCAAGGUGCUAUCUCUGUGGCAACAACGGAUGGAAGCAGACGCAAGACGCUCUUCAAAGAAAACAUAUCCAAGCCACGUGCUAUUGUGGUCGACCCUAUAAAGAACUUCAUGUUCUGGACUGAUUGGGGUACACCAGCCAAGAUUGAGAGGGGAGGUCUCAAUGGAGGAGACCGCAGUGCCUUGGUUACGGAUAACAUUGUCUGGCCCAAUGGAAUAACCCUUGACCUGUUAAACCAGCGUCUGUACUGGGUUGACUCCAAACUACACACACUGUCUAGUAUCAGUGUGCAGGGAGGUGGCCGUCGGACAAUAAUCAUUGACCAGGGCAAACUCGCCCACCCUCUGGGUCUCACUGUCUUUGAGGAAAAAGUGUUUUGGACGGAUGUAAACAACAAUGCAAUUCUAAGUGCAAAUCGUGUUACGGGCGGAGACAUUACAAAUGUAGCAGAACAUCUCUCAUCCCCAGAAGACCUUGUCCUGUACCACAACCUCAAACAACCUACAGGAAAAAACUUGUGCGGGGUCAUCAAUGGUGGGUGUGAGUUCCUGUGCCUGGCUGCCCCUCAAGUCAAUAGAUUUUCACCCAAGUACACUUGUGCCUGCCCAGAUAACAUGAUGCUGGCCAAAGACAUGCGGAAAUGUGUUCCAGCUGUUGUAACACCAGCAACUCCUGUUAAACCCAAAACGUUUACAACUAGUCAUCCUCAAGUACCUUCAAAGAUGUCACCAAAACCGUCUUGGCCUUCUACUACCAAAGCGCAACCUUCUACUACUCCCACUCCUGCGCCUAUGAUCCCUAGCAAACCCACCACUCAAGCUGCCUCUACCAAGCCUUUCCAAACCACUACUCAACUUCCAUUAUCCACCCAGACAGAUGAACCCCACAGGGAUGUAAAAGCCGUCUCAAAAAUAUCACCUUCAACUCCUUUGGCCCUGUACAUUUUAGUGCCUCUUGUUGUCCUAUGUUUGGUUGGGGUUGGUGCUGUGAUGUUCUGGAGAAAGUGGCGACAGAAAAAUACCAAUAGCAUUCACUUUGAUAAUCCGGUUUAUCAAAAAACUACUGAAGACCAGGUGCACCUAUGCAGAAACAACAGUACUGAUGGCUACUUAUACCCACAGAGGCAGAUUGUGAGUCUUGAUGAUGAAAUUUGAUGAUGAAAUUGACAUUGAGGUCCAUGCUGAAACUGACUGGAAAAGAGCCAUAUUUUACAUCUUACAUACUUGGAGGUCAAAAGAAACAUUUGGGGAAUGCUGGAGAGUCCACACAAACCACUUUGUCAAUUCCAGGGCUGCUAGUUUUAGUCUAAAGUAACAAAGAAACCUCAGACAACAACAACCUCAACUUAGCACUUCCCUUUAUAUAAAUGAUAGCACUUCUUCCUGUAUUAAUGAUAGCAGGUAUCUAUAUAUAAUCAUGGCACUUCUCUAUAUAUAAAUGAUUUACAAAUGAGACAUAUAGCUAUAUUUUUAACAGCACUUACGAAUCAAGGUUUUAUUUUCAGAAGGUGUCCAGAAUUAGUUAAUGUAAAUAUUGUAUGUGUUAGCAGUGAUUACAGAAAUGUGAAUGCACUUGUGCUUCUUUUAGCGAUUGGUGACAAUCAUCCAAGUCAGUAUGCUCAUUCAAAAAUUAAUCUAAUUCAUAACUUAUGCUGCAGUACAUUGAAUAUUAUGAAUUAUUAUUAUUAUUUACUAUGCAAAGCAGUUCUUAAGCCAAGCUUGUUCCUAAGGUCUUUAUGUCUUUGUCUACACCUUUUGGUGCCAAAAUGGUCAGGGCUACAUCUGAAACUGUAGUUGUAUUAUGUUUAGAUUAAUACUACAUUUAUUUUAGUGGAUUGAGGGAAUUUUACUUCGUUUUUAUUACAAUUAUGACGGCCUUAAUUGUAGAUUCAAAAUGUGAUUCAAAAUGUGUUUAGGCUACUAUUUUAACAAACCAAAACAAAUAGCACCGUUUGUUUUACAGAAGUAAUCAAUGAAGAGCCGUCCAUGGUUUUGCCUGUGUUUGCUACACCUUAUUUUAAAUACCAAAGUUAAACUUUGGUUAAACCGCUUGGAUGGUGUCAAACUCAAAAACACAUAAAUGUUGACUUGACUGUUCUAGAUGUCGCUCUAGAGGUGAUACAAUCUGUAUUUCUUUAAUUGCUUUAAUUGAGUUGCUUUGAUAAGAUUAAUAAUAACUUUUCUUUGCAAUUGUUUUACAUUCUCCAUGUGAAUGUGUAAAUAAUGUAUUCUUGUAUGUAAAUAUGUUUAGUGUUGCAUACUCUUAAGCCAAAUUUCUAUUUUAAGUAUACAGUCUUGUAUAUAAUGAAAUGUUUUAUUUAUUUUUACAAUCUACAUGUUUGGUUGAUAAUAGGCUUUCUUUUCUGUGUACCAUAUCUUAUUUUGUUUAUGAGGGAACAGUUUUUUAGAAUGAAAAAAUGUAUAUAUUAUUAUUUGUAUGGACCAAUUAAUGUAGUUUAACAAAUUAUUAAUGUUUGGAUUUGUAUAGUACCAAUGCAUUUUUGGGAAAGCCAAUCACAAUUGUUCUUGACCUGUGAGUA